UUGUAUAGAACAUCAGUGUUCGAGAAUAAUGGCCGAUGUUGAGGGAAAAAAGCUUACUGAACUGCGAGUCAUAGAUUUGAAAACAGAACUUGAACGUCGUGGAUUAGACAAAACUGGCAAUAAAGCAGCACUUCUCGAGCGUCUCUCCAAAGCCAUAACUGAUGAUGGUCAAGAUCCUGAUGAAUACUUGAUUGUACCUUGUGGCGGAUUAUGCAAAGUUAGUCCAAGGAAAAAUAGUGUAACAGGUACAACAAAUCAAGAUGAAUCUGUUGAUUCAUUAGAAAGUCAGAAAGAAGAAAGUAUGGAAAUAUCAGAUAAUAAUGAAGUAAAACCAAAAUUAGAAACAAAACCUACAUUGGAGGAAAAUAUAACAGCAUCUAGGAUAGAAGAAUCUCAAAGUGAAAUUCAGAAUAAUGUUUGUAAAGAGAUGGAGUAUAAGCAGGAAGUUAAAAAUCAUAUGAAUAAAUGUCCAGUUGAAAAUAUGCAAGUUAAUGAUAAGAAAGUAGAAUCCGAUGUAACUGCCACAGUGAAUCAAAAUGCAACUAAUUCAGUUUCAACUAUUGAGGCUAAUGGUAUCGACAAUGAAGAUUCCAUCAAUCUAACUAUUGGUGAAGAUGAAGAAAAUCUCCUUGCUGAGGAGACAGAGUCUCAUGAAAGGCACAAGGAUGGAGGAGAAAAGAAGAAAGUGGAAGAAAACAAGAAGGGAGACUCUAAAGGGAGCAGUAGAGCAGAAGCUGGUGCCAACAACAAGGAAGGGACAACAUCAGGUGGAAACAUCGGGACGAAGAGCAAGCAGGACAGUGGCGGAGACGGAAGCAAGAGUGCGGAAUCAAGUAACAAGAGCCAAAAGAGAGAUGACAAAGACAAAAAGACUUCGCAAAUUAGUCCCAUUAAUGCGAGUAGCAGGAAUUUGUGGGUAUCCGGGUUAUCAUCGAGUACUCGUGCGACAGAUUUGAAGCAAAUAUUUUCAAAAUAUGGAAAAGUGAUAGGUGCAAAAGUGGUUACCAAUGCAAGAACACCGGGGGCCAGAUGUUACGGAUACGUGACUAUGUCUACUAGCGAAGAUGCCGCAAAAUGUAUACAACAUUUGCAUAGAACUGAACUGCACGGCCGUGUAAUAUCCGUUGAAAAGGCCAAAGGCGAUACUCAACAAAGCCACAUGCGCAAACGGGAUACUACAAACGGAAAAUCUGAGAAAAAGGAAGAAAAAGAGAAGUCAAAGGAUAAUCAUGAUAUCAGUGAUCGAAAAGAUAAGGAAAUGAAGAAGGAAGCAGAGGAUAAAGGAUCGGAAGCAACGAAAAAGACAGAUGAGAAGAACAACGAGAAUAUUGAAAAUAAAAAGGCAGAAGUGCAGGAAAAGAAAGAUGAAGUUUCAAAAGAUACGGAUUCUCGGUCAACUAAGUCGACUAGCAAGAAACCCGAGAGUGAGAGGGGAAGACGCGAUGAGAAAAGAAUUCGAUCCUGGGAUCAUCACCGAUCUCACACUCGGUCUCGCAGCCGUGAACGACGUAGACGCGACGAUGUACUGACAUUUGCAAAAAUCAGGGAGGAACGAGAAAGGCAAAGGCUACGCGAAAGAGAGAGAAUGCUUCGUGAGGAAGAACGAAGAAGGAGAGAAGAUAUGGAACGACAAAGAGAAGUAGAACGUAGGCAAAGAGAAGAGGCCGCGCGUCUAGAAAGGGAACGGGAAAAAUUACGAAGAGAAAGGGAAAGAAUCGAGCAGGAGAAAGCCGAAUUGCUUCGACUUGAACGAGAACGUCAGAAACUAGAACGGGAGAAGCUAGAACGAGAAAGAUUGGAAUUGAAAAGACAACAGAUGCGAUUAGAAGAGAGUAGACGUGCUCCACCACCACCUUCCAUUAAGCGAUGUUCCAGUGACAGACGGGAUCCAAGAGAUAUGUAUGUCGAACCAGACAGGAAGCGUAUGGCUACUGAACACAGUCGAAAACACAUUCCAGAACGUGUGAGUGACCGACGUGGUGAAAUUUUGGAUCGUGUCUCGGAUAGGCGACUGGAUGCUUCGCCACCUACUCGCUACGAAUCUAGUAGAUCCGCGCAAGAUUUAGGAUUGAAAAAGGAAUUUAAACGCAGUAGCGAAUUUACUUCUCGUAGUAGCCGCCCUGAAAGCUUUUCUGAGGUAUCCCGAGGGAGAGAAGUAAUUGUACGUCGCGAAACUCUUAGCACAACAGCAACGUCUAUCGACCCUCGACAAGUUAAGGAAAGGUAUGAACGUGCAAGUACAACCACUUAUGCUCGUGAUCGCGAUGUUAGACGUUCUGAAACGGAUACCCAUAGAAGUUCUAAGGAUAGUCAUACGCGAUACAGUGAAAGUUUUAAACCUACAGGUUCCAGCACUCCACGUGACAGUCGAUACGUUGAAAGCAAUCGAACAACUAGCAGCUGGCACUCUGGACCUCCGUCUACAAAAUCAUUUAAUUCUGUACCAAGUAGUGGUACUCGAGAUCCCCGAAAUGAACCAUCCAGUUGGAGUUCUAGGUCGUCCGACAAUGUAAACAGAUGGAGUAAUUCAAGUAGCAUGGGAAACACAUUACGACAUCCAGUACCACCAACGUAUCAAAGCGGUCCUAUCCAAUCAAUGGGAUUAACAGCACCUGGAACUGCACCUUCGUAUGAUCGUUUCGAUCCAUACAAGUCGUCUAUGCCGAGCAUGAGAAAAUAUUGAUCUUGUACCUCUAAUUCAUCCCAUUAUAACAUGAAUUUUUAUAUCCACCCGUUUCUGACGCAAGGCACAUAUGAACGUGUUCACACUCACUGAUUCAUAUGCACACGCACACUAAAUUAUUAUUUAUAUUAUUGACAAAUCAAACUUCAUUAUACUUCAGAAAUUAAUCGUACGAGUAAGUUCCGGAUGUAACGUAAUUGCGUGCAUUUGUUAGAUAAAUUGUAAUUCGCUGAUAGAGCAAAUAAUUUCUCACUGACGAAUUACAUAUACAUACGCCUUCGAACUCUUUUUCGACGCUUGUAUUUGUAUCGCUAUUUCUUAAUUAAGUUCUGAAUAGAUUAAACCGAACUGGAUGUUUCACUCUUGACAUUCGUCUCAAUGAUCAUUAAUAAUGAGAUUCAAGUCUCCAGGUUCAUAACGUUUUAAUGACAAUUGCGCCGCUUUCGAAGUUCCAUUUUCAUCUAUGGUUCAAUGAAGAAAAUAAAACUUGUAUCACCACUAUUAUCAUUAUUACUACUAUUACUACUACUAAUACUACUACUAUUACUACUCCUGCUGUCACUGCUGCUACCUCUACUAUUAUACUAUUACUAUUAGUACUCCUGCUAUCCGCGUUGCUACUCCUACUAUUAUACUACUACUAUUACUACUCCUGCUAUCCGCGUUGCUACUC